CACACUUCGGAAAUACACAUUUCAGCAUGGCUUUGGAUCACCUGGAGUGUGGAGAGUGUACUGGGCUUCUCUCUCCGCAGCUACGGACUGUAUCCGAACAAUUCAUCUGCGUCUGUGCCGCUACAUGGUAAACUUUUUCCGGGGAAACACUUCUUGGUGACACGGUACCAACCGGUACUUCUUUAACGUUACCUAGUAACCGAGUGACGGAGCUCUGACGGCCCAGCGUGGCUGAGGACGCUUCACAGACUUUACAGACUAAUACACAAAUAAUGCAAAACAUUCCCCCGAAAGUGGCCAAAAUGUCAAAGGUGAAGGCGAAGAAGACGUCUGCUAAAUCACAACAACCCAAAUCCGCGGACACAAAUAACACAGCGAGGAAGAAAAGGAAAGAGUGGAUGAAAGAGAAGUUCAGGAAGGUGAAACCUCCACCCAAGGACCAACCAAAAGCUAAAACUCAGCAAACAUUGCCUCCAAAAGAUGCCCAACAGUUCUCUGCAAACUGGAAAACAUUACAAGAGCUGCUAAAGGUCAGUCAACCAGAGAAGAAGCAGCCGGUGACACCAAAACAUCCAAACGGGGCUCUGCAGAAAAAGGAGGCUAAAGAAAAUUCUUCUAAAAAUACUUGCAAGAACAAUGUCUGUCCCAGGCAGACAGACAUGGAGAAAAAAGUGAAGCAUGAGCCGGUUCCUAACAGUGUUGUCCCCAAGGACUCUCGGGCGAACUUGGAUGUUCCAGGUGUCUCAGAGACGAGACAGCCUGCUGCUCCAAAAAGGAAAAAGGACAGUGGAAAGUCAAACAGCGAGCAGGCGGCCAAGAAGAAGAAAUCUGUGGCUGAAGAGACGAAACCGACAGAAGCGGACCUUUGGUUUGAUGAUGUAGACCCUGACGACAUUGAGGCAACAGUGGGAGCAGAGGCAGCAGACAUCAUGAGGAAGAAGCAGGGCGUUCAGAAGAGCAAGGACACAGAGAGCGCCCUGGUCAAGGAGAAAGCCUUUGAGGGCCUCACCAGAGCCGUGGCCAUUGAUUGCGAGAUGGUGGGAGUCGGUCCUGACGGAGAGGAGAGCAUCUUGGCUCGCGUGUCCCUUGUGAACCAGUUUGGUAAAUGCAUCUAUGACAAAUACGUGAAACCCACAGAGAAGGUGACGGACUACAGGACAGCCUUCAGUGGCAUCCGGCCGGAAGACAUCAAAGAUGGAGAGGAUGUAAAGACUGUGCAGAAGGAGGUUGCUGAGAUCCUGCAAGGGAGAAUAGUGGUUGGACAUGCCAUACACAAUGACUUAAAGAUUUUACUCUUGGAUCAUCCAAAAAAGAAAAUCAGGGACACUCAAAAGUACAAACCUUUUAAGAAGACUGUGAAGAGUGGUCGACCCUCGCUGAAACUCCUUUGUAAAGAAAUACUCAACGUUAAUGUCCAACAGGGUGAACAUUCAUCCGUCCAAGAUGCACAGGCCACCAUGAGGCUCUACACUCUGGUGAAAAAACAGUGGGAAGCAGAGAUUAAAGCCAGCCAGAAAAACAAAGACUCAAACAAGAAGAAUGAGAGAAAGCCCAAGUUUCCCAAGAACAAAGGAAAACAUUAAGUGGGAUUUUGAAAUCAAAACUGCAAGAGGACCUUUUGUCCUUGGAUCAGAGCCUGCCCGACUGAAACGAUUAGAGGUUCAGGGAUUGCUUUUGGAAGACAACAGCUACCAGGAGACAUUGAAAAGUAGCAGAUGUUGAACAUUUGUGAUAUAUCAGAUGUUUUUCCCAGAAAUCAGAAGGAUGUUUUCAAAUCUUGCAACAUUAAACUUCCUCCAUUGAGUGCUCAUGAGAACUUCAAGAGAGAAACUAUUUGUCUACUAUGACACAAGGCAUAUUGUUUUUGGAUUAUGGUUCCGGUGUUGUGUGAAUUGUUCUUUGUCUCUCACGUUUGUAAUAAAUUGAUUCCUGGUUGCCUUAAAA